AAGAAAUGCAAUGAGAGAUUUUAGCCUAAAGAGCCAAGGUGUAAAGAUUGGGUCGGUCUUGAUCACAAUAAAGACCGACUCAAUACUAUGAUUAAGGUCUUCGUUUAGCUCUUGCUCUUAUCUUCGUUCUUCGCCUUGAAUAUUCAAUGUUCGACUUGAUCACGACACUCCCAGCGAAGUGACUUUACUAGGGACUCGCUUCUUUUCUCCCAUAGUUGUUCUGCAUUCUUCUGCUCAACCCUUCUUUCCAGUCUUUUCGCCGUCGAUGGAGCGGCACAGGGGAGAGAUUUACGGCGACCAUAUGGAUCCACAUCACAAGUUUAGACCUUUCAUGGGCGGGCCACAAUCGACGCGCCCUUCCUCCGUCAAUCCAAUUGACCCCUACCAGUACCGAAACCCUAAUAGUUACAGCGGUUUGGACCGCGGAGACCUCGCAUUUGACAUCCCUCGUUUUCAUCCAGGCCCGGGUGGGCCCGGCGCUGGAGGGUUUCUUCCGAUGGGCGGCGGGGAGAACGGCUGUGGAGGGCAUAAUUCUGGUCACCAGAUGCCGCCUGUCUCUGGGCAAAAACGAGCUCACCCGUUUUCUGGCAGAGGAGGUUCUCCAGGCAAGCAAGAGGCGAAAUGAAUGGAGUGUGAAAGAGUUCUUUUUAAUGGUUUUUAAUAUGAGAAAAGAAAGGAGGAUCAGGAGAGAAAUGGUGGGAUUAGAAAUGGCUAGAAAUAAGUGUUGGAUAAACCAAGUUGGUGUCAAGAGAUAUUACACACUCUUCUCCUAACUUGGGGUUGAAUCUAGUAUUCAAAUAAGAUAUAACACACUUAUUUAAAUAACUAGAACCUAAAACUCACACUUAAGGUAACCACCCUUAAGAUAUAGAAUUAGGGGUUUAAAAUAGCAAACACAUAAGUGUAUUACUGAUGGAAAUUUCAGAUUCAAAANUCUAGGCUGGGCUGGUUCGGCCAUAUUAGGGGGCAAAGGGUGACUGAUUUGGGACUUGAUUUGGCUCUAUAUUGAUGUGAAUAUUUAGUGGUUGGGGAGGGACUUCAUUUGGCCAGGUUGGGGAACAAUGGGUAGUGAGAAUGGUUGGGUUAUUUGGUGUGUUGUGGCUGAUCAUUUGGGGAGAUUAUUUUCGGUCAGGGGGGAUAUUAAGGUGUAUAUAGGGUGGUUAUUAUGGGAGAAUAUAGGGUGGUUAAGUGGUCAAUGGUCCUUCGUUUUAUUAUGUUGUUUAAUUAGGUGGUUAGGGGACAAAGAUGGGGCCAUGGUUUGUGGAAUGUUUGGGAGUGAAUGAGUGUUGGUUUUUGGUGUGUUGUGUUCGGCUAGGGGUGGGAAACUGAGAGGGGUUGAUUUGGUCCAUGAGUUAAUAUGGUU